AUGGCCGCUCCGGAGCCGGCGCGAACGCCGCCGCCGCCGCCCCCGCCUGGGGCCGACCGCGUAGUCAAAGCUGUUCCUUUCCCUCCAACACAUCGCUUAACAUCUGAAGAAGUAUUUGAUAUGGAUGGAAUACCAAGGGUUGAUGUUUUAAAGAAUCAUUUGGUAAAAGAAGGUCGAGUUGAUGAAGAAAUUGCACUUAGAAUUAUUAAUGAGGGUGCUGCCAUCCUUCGGAGAGAGAAAACUAUGAUAGAAGUAGAAGCUCCAAUUACAGUGUGCGGUGACAUCCAUGGCCAGUUUUUUGAUCUCAUGAAGCUGUUUGAAGUGGGAGGAUCCCCUGCUAACACAAGAUACCUCUUCCUUGGCGAUUAUGUGGACAGAGGUUAUUUUAGCAUAGAGUGUGUCUUAUAUUUAUGGGUCCUGAAGAUUCUCUACCCAAGCACGUUAUUUCUUUUGAGAGGCAACCAUGAAUGCAGACACCUUACUGAAUAUUUCACCUUUAAGCAGGAAUGUAAAAUUAAGUAUUCAGAAAGAGUCUAUGAAGCUUGUAUGGAAGCUUUUGAUAGCCUGCCUCUUGCUGCACUUUUAAACCAACAGUUUCUUUGUGUCCAUGGUGGACUUUCACCAGAAAUACACACACUGGAUGAUAUUAGGAGAUUAGAUAGAUUUAAAGAACCUCCUGCCUUUGGACCAAUGUGUGACUUGCUAUGGUCUGAUCCUUCAGAAGACUUUGGAAAUGAAAAAUCACAGGAACACUUUAGUCACAAUACAGUUCGAGGAUGCUCUUAUUUUUAUAACUAUCCAGCAGUGUGUGAAUUUUUGCAAAACAAUAAUUUGUUAUCGAUUAUUAGAGCUCAUGAAGCUCAAGAUGCAGGCUAUAGAAUGUACAGAAAAAGUCAAACUACAGGGUUCCCUUCAUUAAUAACAAUUUUUUCGGCACCUAAUUACUUAGAUGUCUACAAUAAUAAAGCUGCUGUAUUAAAAUAUGAAAAUAAUGUGAUGAAUAUUCGACAGUUUAACUGCUCUCCACAUCCUUACUGGUUACCCAAUUUUAUGGAUGUCUUCACAUGGUCACUACCAUUUGUUGGAGAAAAAGUGACAGAGAUGUUGGUAAAUGUUCUGAGUAUUUGCUCUGAUGAUGAACUAAUGACUGAAGGCGAAGACCAGUUUGACGGAUCAGCGGCGGCACGGAAAGAAAUAAUCCGGAACAAAAUCCGAGCAAUUGGCAAGAUGGCAAGAGUCUUCUCUGUCCUCAGGGAGGAGAGUGAAAGUGUGCUGACACUCAAGGGCCUGACUCCCACAGGGAUGUUGCCUAGUGGAGUGUUGGCUGGAGGACGACAGACCCUGCAAAGUGGUAAUGAUGCUAUGCACCUAGCUGGGCCUCAGAUGGACUGGGGCGCCCCUCACUCUUGGGCUAACACCACAUAUAAUGCAUGCAGGGAGUUCCUUCUGCUUUUCAGUUCCUGUCUCAGCAGCUGACACGGGCAGGGUGCCAUCUGUUAGGCAGUUUCUGAUCAAUACUUGAUCAGGGCAGACACCUGAGAGACCAGUUAUUUAUUUCACAGAACGAGGAUGGGCAGGCCCUCAGAUUUUCAGUAGAGGACAUGGGCCAGUUCCUUUCCUUCAUUAUGUCUGGGAAGUCGAAUGUAAUCCAUUAUUUAUUCAUUUAUUUAAAUGCAUUAUUAAAACUGCAGCCCUUGCUAUUAAAAGCCCCCACUUUUAAGCAUGUCAAUCAGGAACAUUCAGAAUGCAAAAAUGGAAAUGUGAUUCCUAGUUUUUUGUUGUUUGCUUUUCAUUUAUGUAAUUGUAUUAGAUUGUGCUUAUUUUCCAUUGGGAAACUUCAGAUUAUUUAAUUUUAGUGUUAACAGUCUGCUCUGGGUCCCAGAACAUUACUAUGCACUUCAUUUGCCGACAGACUUGUGCAAGGUUUUGUACUCUGGUAAAUGAUGCCAAAGUUUGUUUUUUGUGGUGUUUGUCAAAUGUUCUAUGUAUAAUUGAUCGUCUCUGUAACAUGCUGUUUCCUUCCUCUGCAGAUGUAGCUGCUUUCUUAAAUCUGUCUGUCUUUCUCUAGGUAUAGCUGUAUGUCUGUAUAAGUAUGUUAAAUUAAACUACUCUAUCAGACACUUGUCUGUCUCUUGAUGUAGAAGCAACUUUGUAGCACCUUGUUUGAAGGUUUGCUGCAUUUGCUACUGCACUCUGUGCACUCUGAACAAUUAUGUAAUUGAGGAGGUAUUAAAUCAUUGUUAUAAGUGGAGAAUAAAGGGGUUGAACUUAAAUCUUGUAAGUCAAAAUUGAAAGGGUGUUGACUAAGUGUGCCUAUAUUUUUGCAUGAAAAUAAAAAGAAUUCUACAUAAAGCA